AUGGCCCGCUGGCAUCACCACAGCUUGGACACUGCCAGGGCCCUGGUCAGCCAUGAGUAUGGCCGCGCUUAUGGCCUGCUGCUUGACAGGACUUUCUGUUGCAGAGCCACCGUCACCCCCUGGACAGGCACGGCCGAGGCACUAACCGCCCAGGUCCUGACAGCUGAGAGCUCAGGCCAGGGGGCAGGGAGGAAGCGGCCGGAGGCAGGAAGCCUCCCCCGGGCCCGGGGCCCCCGCUGCGAUUUCGCUCGAAGGUCAGCGGCGACACAACAGGAAAUCGGCGCUGCCUCGGCCGGGCAGCCGUGCCGGAGCCAUAGAGCCGCGCCGAGCCGAGCCGUGCCGUCCGGGGGUGCUCCCGGCCCUCUGUCCCGGCUGGGGGGCUCACGGGGAGCCCACAUCACCGCCGCCCUCCAUGGAAGGGGGACGGGAGUCGGGGAGCAGCCGCUGGCCCCAGGGUGGAAGAUGCAGGGCCGAAGCCCCCAGCUGAGCAUGGAGUUAACCAGUGAGUGCACGGCUAAAAGGGGGGACGGGAGUACACAGGAAGGGGCACGGCGUCAGCAGCAAGCACUGCGUCCACAAAGCCAGAGGGCCCCCCACAUGGGCACAUCAAGAGAUGAGCCCCACAGUCAUCAAAGCCAGCAUCAGGCUGGGUUGAAUGAUGACUACUGCAGGCAUGGCUCCCAGCUGGAGCUGCCAAAGGUAACCCCAUCUUCCCCAGGACUGCUCCUCUUCACAUCCUUCAUCCUGCAAGUGGAAGACAACCAUGCCAGCCCAACACGGCUGGUCUGUGACAACAGACUCAUCCAGAAGUACAUUAUGGAGGCCAAAGACAUGGAGAAAAGAAUGGGCCAGUGCCAGGCACUGCCUACACUUGACUGUCCUGCAGUACUGCCUUCAGUGGACAUCAGCCUCCAGCAGUGGAAAUCCAAAUCGAACGAGACCAAGCGUCAGGAGAUCCUCUGUGACCUGGCACUGGUGGUGGGCGCUGUGGUGGAGGCCCAGGGCCACGUGGCGCACGAGUGUGGGGCCAGGCAGCUGAGCCAGCUUUACCAACAUGCCAACUUCUUCUUUCUACUCCUGCAGACCUUCAGCUGGGAGGUAGGGCCCCAGGAGCCAGGCUGCUCCCCACGCACCAUGCAGCAGACCCAUGUCCCCAGCAUCUUCCUCACCUACCGGAAGCUUGUGCAGGGCAAGCUGCGCUUCUUCUUCUAUGAUCUGGCCAAAGACUUGUGCAAGCAAGGCCAGGGGGGUGGCAGAGAGCCUCGUUGUGGGGCCAGGUGAGGCUGUGCACAGGGUUCUCUCCUGGUCCCAGGUCAGAGCAACCCUGCCAGACACUGAGCUGUGGCUCUGGUGCCCAGGAAAAGCACCUGCAGGGAAAGGGUUGGCUCCUUCUCCUCAAGCCUUCGACAGCUGGGCAGGCUACGAAGGCAGAG